AUGGCUUCUUUCCCACCUCCACCGCCGCAACAACAACAACAACAAACCAAACGCUUCAGAGAUUUAUACAACAACACAGACAGUCAGAUUUCACUAGCAGUCAACACCCUAAAUCUCCAUGAUCAUCACACUCCCUUUAUGCCUCCUUUACAAGUGGAAGGAUUGGCACCUGGUCCUGCUCAAGAAGAAAACCAGCUGGAUUUACAACCGAAUUUCGGGUUAGAGUCCAAGAAAAAGAGCCGGAAAGCGCAAGAUUUUCUAGAGAACUCUAAUAAUAACAAUUCCCAGAUAUCUUGUGUAGAAUUCUUGCAGGCACAAUCGGUAUCAACCGGACUCGGGUUGUCGUUGGAGCCAACUUCGGCUCUUCUAGGGCUUGUGAGCGAUGAUCUUGAUCGUGAGUUGCAAAGACAGGGUGCUGAGACUGAUAGAUUUAUCAAAUUUCAGGGCGAGCAAUUGAGGCAAACUAUUUUAGAAAAGGUUCGAGCAACCCAACUACUGACGAUCUCAUAUGUUGAAAGUAAAGUCCUGCAUAUACUCCGGGAAAAAGAAGCAGAAGUAGAAGGCAUCAACAAGAAGAAUAUGGAGCUUGAGUUACUAAUGGAACGGCUUUCUUCAGAGGCCCAUGCUUGGCAGCAACAGGCAAAUUACAAUGAAAACAUGAUUAACACCCUAAAAAUUAAUCUACAGAAGGCUUGUGCACAAAAUAUGGGCGGUAAAGAAGGGUGUGGAGAUAGUGAGGUCAAUGAUGCAGCCUCGUGCUCUGUCAGUCGAGCCAUGAACUUUCACGUGCUUUGCAAGGAUAAAAGUGAAAUGAAGAAGUUGAUGACAUGUAAGGUUUGUAGUGUUAAUGAAGUAUGCAUGCUUUUGUUACCUUGUCAGCAUCUCUGCCUGUGCAAAGAGUGUGAACCUAAGCUUAGUAUUUGUCCCUUGUGUCAGUAUCCUAAGUACAAAGGCAUGGAGGUUCAUAUGUAG